GCCAAUUCCAGACGAGGAUGUAUCGAAGCGGUGUUUACUGCUCUGGACACGGCGGGCAAUGGCUUCCUUGCAGCUGGUGACAUGCGGCCGUUUGCGGAGCAAACCGGCUUCACUGGCACCGAUCUGGAGUGGCAGCUGGAGUUUGAAGCUCUUUGCCACGAAAGCCGCUCUUCGCAGGGCCUUGGGCUGGAGGAAUUUGCCAAGCUCGUCAACGAUGACUCUGAGGAUGGUUGCUACUGCACGGACAGUGAGCUGCAAGCGCUGCUGCAACGGCUUCAUCAGCACAGCAUUUCCAGCAGCUUGUCGCUGUCCAAUGCAACCCGUGCGGGGAUAGGCGAGCCGCUGCCGCCAAUGGAG